AUGUGUGGGGCGUGUGUGGAAUAACGUUAUUGCCCAGCGGAACCGAGGGGGCCCCAGCUCCACAGCGGCGGCGACGACGACGAGGACAACGGCGAGGGGGUGGGGGGAGGACAGCGUGGCAGAGACUGACGGGACGCGCCGCGCCCCGCCUCCCGGUCCGGUCCCUCGGUGAGGGGAUAAUGUAGCUUUGCUAAGGAUUCAGAAGCUAAGCAGAAAUGAGCUUAACAUCCUGGUUUUUGGUGAGCAGUGGAGGCACUCGCCACAGGCUGCCACGAGAAAUGAUUUUCGUUGGAAGAGACGACUGUGAGCUCAUGCUUCAGUCCCGCAGUGUAGAUAAGCAACAUGCAGUAAUCAAUUAUGAUGCAUCUAUGGAUGAACAUUUGGUGAAAGACUUAGGCAGCCUAAAUGGGACUUUUGUGAAUGAUGUAAGGAUACCAGAGCAGACUUACAUCACUUUGAAACUUGAAGAUAAGCUGAGAUUUGGAUAUGAUACAAAUCUCUUCACUGUAGUGCGAGGAGAAAUGAGGGUCCCUGAAGAAGCUCUUAAGCACGAAAAGUUUACCAUUCAACUUCAAUUGUCCCAGAAGUCUUCAGAAUCAGAAUUACCAAAAUCAGCAAGUGCCAAAGGCACAGACUGCAAAGUGGAGGCUGCUGCAGAAGUGCAGCACAGAGCCACAGAAGCACUGAAAUCUGAAGAGAAACCUGUGGAUGUCUCUGCUGUACCCCGAGGCACUCCAUUGUACGGGCAGCCGUCAUGGUGGGGCGAUGAUGAGGUGGAUGAACAAAGAGCUUUCAAAGCCAAUGGCAAGCCUGAGGAAAAAAGUCAGGAACCUGGGACUUCAGGGUGCAGCAUAGAUGCCAAGCACGUGGAGGAACAGUCUGCAGCUGCAAGUGAAGAAGCACUUUUUCCUUUCUGUAGGGAACCAAGUUAUUUUGAAAUUCCUACAAAAGAAUUCCAGCAGCUAUCACAAAUAGCAGAGAGCACUAUUCAUGAGAUUCCAACAAAAGACACACCAAGUUCCCAUACAGCAGGUGCAGGGCAUGCUUCAUUUACCAUUGAGUUUGAUGACAGUACACCAGGAAAAGUAACUAUUAGAGACCACGUGACAAAAUUCACUUCUGACCAGCGCCACAAGUCAAAGAAGGCCUCUCCAGGAACUCAAGACUUGCCAGGAAUUCAGACAGGAAUGAUGGCACCAGAAAAUAAAGUAGCUGACUGGCUAGCUCAAAACAAUCCUCCUCAAAUGGUGUGGGAAAGAACAGAGGAGGAUUCCAAGAGCAUUAAAAGUGAUGUUCCUGUGUACUUGAAAAGGUUGAAAGGAAACAAACAUGAUGAUGGUACACAGAGUGACUCAGAGAAUGCUGGGGCACACAGACGCUGUAGCAAGCGUGCAACUCUGGAAGAACAUUUACGGCGCCAUCACUCAGAGCAGAAAAAGAAGGUCCAGUCUACUGAAAAGCAUCAAGACCAGGCUGCUACUAGCUCUACGCAUCACAGAGGGGGGCAUGGUGUUCCACAUGGGAAAUUGUUAAAACAGAAAUCAGAGGAGCCAUCGGUGUCAAUACCCUUCCUACAAACUGCAUUAUUAAGAAGUUCAGGGAGUCUUGGGCACAGACCAAGCCAGGAGAUGGAUGUAAUGUUAAAAAAUCAAGCUACUUCUGCCUCUUCAGAAAAGGAUAAUGAUGAUGACCAAAGUGACAAGGGUACUUAUACCAUUGAGUUAGAGAAUCCCAACAGUGAGGAGGUGGAAGCAAGAAAAAUGAUUGACAAGGUAUUUGGAGUAGAUGACAAUCAGGAUUAUAAUAGGCCUAUUAUCAAUGAAAAGCAUAAAGGUCUCAUAAAAGAUUGGGCUCUCAACUCUGCUGCAGUAGUAAUGGAAGAAAGAAAGCCAUUGAGUACACCUGGGUUUCAUAACUCAGAGGAAGCCAUAUCUUCAUCCGGAAGCAAACGUUGGGUUUCACAGUGGGCUAGUUUGGCUGCUAAUCAUACAAGGCAUGAUCCAGAAGAAAGGUUAAUGGAAUUAUCUGCAACUAUAGAAAAUGAGACAGAUACUGCUGAAGCUGGUGUUUCCCUAAGAAGUACUAGUUGUGCAACUUCCUUGGCUAGUCAGGGAGAGAGGAAGAGGCGAACUCUUCCCCAGCUCCCAAAUGAAGAGAAGCCUCUCGAGAGCUCCAGAGCAAAGGUCAUUACACAGAGGUCAGAGAUAGGAGAAAAGCAAGACACGGAACUGCAGGAAAAAGAAGCCCAGGUAUAUCAGAUGGAGAAGCACAAUGCAGACCAAGGCCUGAGUAAAGUGAGCAGGGCAGUCAAUGGUGAGAGUCCUAAAACUGGCGGAAACAGUAAAGCCCUCCUUCCCUCAGGAAGCUCGUCUAGCAAGGAGAAGGGCGAGACUGCUGAUCAGAUAACUUCUUUGGUAAAACAAACAUUGGCUAAAAUCCAACAGCAGGAACAAAAGGAGCAGGCCCAGUGGACUCCUGCUAAAUUUUCUUCAAAAACUGCCUUAGGCCAUAUAGAUAAAUGUAGGGAGGAAUCGUCUAAGCAAGAGUUUCAACUUGUAGAAAAAAUUUCAGGACAUUCUACAAGCAAAGGAGAAAGAGGAAUACAAAACGAAAGCAAAAGGAGAAAAGCUGAGGAAAUUCCAAAAAGUCAGACUUCAAAAGGAGACAAGAAGGAGUCUUCCAAGUCAUUGGUGCGACAAGGGAGUUUCACUAUAGACAAACCCAGUUCAAACGUCCCCAUAGAACUUAUCCCCCAUAUCAAUAAGCAGAAUUCAUCUGCACCCACUGCCUUAGCAUUGGCGUCUGCAAGUAGACUUCGAGAAAGGAGUGACUCUUUGGAUACUGAUUCUAGCAUGGACACAACCUUGAUUCUAAAAGACACGGAAGCAGUGAUGGCUUUUCUAGAAGCUAAACUGCGUGAAGAUAAUAAUAAAACUGAUGAAGGCCCAGAUACUCCCAGUUACAAUAGAGACAAUUCAAUUUCACCAGAAUCUGAUGUAGACACAGCCAGUACAAUUAGUCUGGUUACUGGAGAGACAGAAAGAAAGUCCACCCAAAAACGGAAGAGUUUCACUAGUCUCUAUAAAGACAGGUGUUCCACGAGUUCCCCAUCCAAAGAUGUUACAAAGUCAGGCAGUAGGGAGAAAAUUGAAAAGAAAGCAAAAAGUCGCUCUACAGAUGUAGGUGCAAGAGCAGAUGGUCGCAAAUUUGUACAGUCCAGUGGAAGAAUCCGUCAGCCUUCCAUAGACUUAACAGAUGAUGACCAGACCUCUAGUGUACCUCAUUCUGCUAUUUCUGACAUUAUGUCAUCUGACCAGGAAACAUAUUCCUGCAAAUCUCAUGGAAGGACGCCACUUACCUCAGCCGAUGAACACAAUAUACAUUCCAAACUGGAAGGAGGCAAAGCAGCAAAGUCUAAGACUUCUCCUGUUGCCUCGGGUUCAGCAAGUAAAUCCACCACUCUCCCAAGGCCUCGGCCCACCAGGACUUCCCUCCUGCGUAGAGCCCGGCUUGGUGAAGCUUCUGACAGUGAACUUGCUGAUGCUGACAAAGCAUCUGUUGCUUCUGAAGUGUCCACUACAAGUUCAACAUCAAAACCACCGACAGGAAGGCGAACCAUCUCUAGGAUUGAUUUAUUGGCUCAGCCUCGAAGAACAAGACUUGGCUCGUUAUCUGCCCGUAGUGACUCUGAAGCAACAAUUUCAAGAAGCAGCACAUCUUCACGCACUGCAGAAGCUGUCAUUAGGAGUGGAGCCAGACUAGUGCCAUCAGAUAAACUUUCUCCUAGAACUAGAGCUAACAGUAUCUCUCGGCUAUCAGACUCCAAGGUCAAAAGCAUGACCUCCACUCAUGGCUCUCCUUCAGUAAAUUCAAGAUGGAGGCGCUUUCCUACUGAUUAUGCUUCCACCUCAGAAGAUGAAUUUGGAUCAAACCGUAAUUCCCCUAAACAUACUCGUCUACGUACUUCUCCAGCCCUGAAAACCACUCGCAUGCAGAGUACUGGAUCAGCAAUGCCUGCUAGUUCUUCCUUCAAGCACCGGAUUAAAGAACAGGAAGACUAUAUCCGAGAUUGGACUGCCCAUCGAGAAGAGAUAGCCAGGAUCAGCCAAGAUCUUGCUCUCAUUGCUCGGGAGAUCAACGACGUAGCGGGAGAAAUAGAUUCAGUGACUUCCUCAGGCACUGCCCCUAGUACCACAGUAAGCACUGCUGCCACCACCCCUGGCUCUGCCAUAGACACUAGAGAAGAGUUGGUUGAUCGUGUUUUUGAUGAAAGUCUCAACUUCCGAAAGAUACCUCCAUUAGUUCAUUCUAAAACACCAGAAGGAAACAAUGGUCGGUCUGUUGACUCAAGACCUCAGCCAGCAGAGCAUCCUGAUCACUUAACGAUUACAAGACGGAGAACCUGGAGUAGGGAUGAAGUCAUGGGAGAUAAUCUGCUACUGUCAUCAGUCUUUCAGUUCUCUAGGAAGAUAAGACAAUCCAUUGAUAAAACAGCUGGGAAAAUCAGAAUAUUGUUUAAAGACAAAGACCGGAAUUGGGAUGACAUAGAAAACAAGCUAAGAGCUGAAAGCGAAGUCCCUAUCGUGAAAACCUCAAGCAUGGAGAUUUCUUCUAUUUUACAGGAGUUGAAAAGAGUUGAAAAACAGUUGCAAGUGAUAAAUGCCAUGAUUGACCCAGAUGGAACUUUGGAGGCUCUUAACAACAUGGGAUUUCCCAAUGCUAUCCUGCCAUCUCCACCAAAACAGAAGUCCAGUCCUGUUAAUAACCACAGCAGCCCCAGUCAGACGCCAGCACUUUGCCCACCAGAAGCUAGGGCCCUACACCCUGCUGCUGCGGCAGCGGCAGCGACAGCGGCAGCCUCCACUGAGUUUGAGAAUGCUGAAUCUGAGGCUGAUUUCAGUAUCCAUUUCAAUAGGUUCAACCCUGAUGGGGAAGAGGAAGAUGUUACAGUACAUGAAUGAUGACGUUCCCUUGUUUGUUAGAGACAUUACCCAUGGAGUGACUAGGGGUAUUGGAAGCAGCAUGAUGUUGACAUACAAAACAAGAGAGCUUGGUCAGCAACAACCUUGUUAUCUUUGUCUUCUUGAUUUAUUUAUUUAUUUUUACCUCUAAUGUGUUAUACCAGUCUUUGCAAACUACUCAGACAACCACUUGAAGCACACUUAGCAAGAGGCAGCUUUGCCUUUUGUUGUUCUGUGAUUUUUCAGAUUGAAUCAUAUUAUUGCAUCCUUUCCCUUCAUAGUUCUUUUUGUUGUUUGUUUUAAGCCAUGCUGUGACCUACAAACAAACUAAACCUUAGACACAUUUUUAAGCCCCUGUGUCUCCUGUGCCAAGCUGCUUCCUGAGAUGAACUUUCUCAUCCGCUGUACAGAUUGUUAAACCUUUCAAUUUGCUUCUUAAUACUAGGGUUUAUAUUAUUACUCACAGUCACUGGACACAGUGUCACCCUGCUCUGUAGAGUGAAGCAGACCCUCCACAGCAGCUGCCCUGCGUCCUGAGACUUUCCAACAAAGUGUGAUUUAUAACUGUUGCUAAGUAACUUGUCUUGGGGUUAUGGAAAUUAACUAUUAUGUUUGCACUAAGGUUUACUGGGAGUGGUAGAUGGACGUAUCCAUAUAUCAUUAAGGACUGCGUCUGUACAUAGGAAGUUGACAAUACUGUACUUGUUUUAAUCGCAGUGUUUUACUCCACUUUUCACACAGAGCCAUUUGGCACCUUUUCUUUCUUUCUUUCUUUUUUUUUUUCCUUUUUUUCUUUUUUUCUUUUCUGUUUUUCUUUUUAAGGAAAUAAGAUUUUCUCCUUUUAGAUUAAAUGACUAGAAAGGUUCAAUGUGACAGAUAGUUUAGGUGGAGUAUAUUUUUAAAAUUAAAAACAUGUAUAUUUGUCCUGUGUUACCAGGUUUUUAUGUUGCAGAAAUGCCUCUGGAGUGACCAUGAGGUUCAUUUUUCUUUAUUAGGAGACGUGAAGAAUCAGUAGUUGUGAGAGUAGUUGAUAGUUCCACUCCCAGUCAUUGAAUUGCUUCUGUGUUUCCCUGUAGGUCCAUAGUAAUCCUUUGUCAGUCUUACAUAUUUGUAAGGACCCUGCAAGACAGCAAUGAUGACUAAGGCUUUGGGCUUAUAGCUACUAAAAAGAAAGCCUGUGAAAAAUAUCUUCUCUAAACUUUGUUUUUGUUACUGUUUUGUUUUCUUUCCAGUAAGCUCACAUUUCGAUAAGUUUUUAAAUAAAGGAAUUAUUUUUGUGUUUCCAGAACACUAAUUUGGGUGAAUCUUAAUUCUUUUAAAUAUAUUAAUAGGCCUGGAUUUGUUCCAAAGGCUCAUUCGUCUAUAAAGAAGAAACUGCAACUUUGUGAUGUGGUCUUUGAUAUUUUAGCAAUAACCUAUGCUACAUUGUUUUAAGGAAAAGGUAACUAUACUUCAAGAUUUUUUUAGGAUCUAAGAAAUCCUAUGUCGUUGGAUCAGUUAAUAAAAAUGCAAAAUCUUUUUGUAAGAUGUAAAACAUAAGUUUGCUAUGUAAUGGAUCUCAUAUUUUUCUUUAAAUUAAAAAAAAGGACUUGUUCUCCUUGUAAAGCUAAAUUCACAGUUCUCAUGAAGUAAAACUUCAAAAGGGUUUCAACAAAUGUAAAAGGGAAGUGAGAUGCUUUGAAGAAA